AUGUUUUCAUCCAAUAAUUCUCAAAAUAAACGUAAAGAAAUCUAUAGAUAUGCAGCACCAUGGAUGGUUUACGCUAUGAAUUGGUCUAUUCGACCAGAUAAACGUUUUCGUCUUGCACUUGGUUCAUUUGUUGAAGAAUAUAAUAAUAAAGUUCAAAUUAUUUCACUUGAUGAAGAUACAUCAGAAUUUAUAUCACGUUCAAUAUUUGAUCAUCCUUAUCCAACAACAAAAAUUAUGUGGAUACCAGAUACAAAAGGUACUUUACCUGAUUUACUUGCUACAAGUGGCGAUUAUUUACGUAUAUGGCAAACAAGUGAUAAUGGAACAAGAUUAGAAUGUUUAUUAAAUAAUAAUAAAAAUUCUGAUUUUUGUGCACCAUUAACAUCAUUCGAUUGGAAUGAAAUUGAUCCAAAUUUAAUUGGUACAUCAAGUAUUGAUACAACGUGUACAAUAUGGGGUCUUGAAACAGGUCAAGCUAUUGGUCGAACAAAUCCAAUAAGUGGGAACGUUCGAACACAAUUAAUUGCUCACGAUAAAGAAGUAUAUGAUAUUGCUUUUAGUCGUGGUGGUGGUGGUCGUGAUAUGUUUGCAUCAGUUGGUGCUGAUGGUUCAGUACGAAUGUUUGAUUUACGUCAUUUAGAACAUUCAACUAUUAUUUAUGAAGAUCCUCAACAUCAUCCAUUAUUACGUCUUGCAUGGAAUAAACAAGAUCCGAAUUAUUUAUCAACAUUUGCUAUUGAUUCAACUGAAAUUAUUAUUCUUGAUGUUCGAAUUCCAUGUACACCAGUUGCUCGAUUAAAUAACCAUCGAGCUGGUGUUAAUGGUAUAGCUUGGGCACCACAUUCACCAUGUCAUAUUUGUACAGCAAGUGAUGAUAGACAAGCAUUAAUUUGGGAUAUACAACAAAUGCCAAAGACAAUUGAAGAUCCAAUUCUUGCUUAUACAGCUGAUGGUGAAAUAAAUCAAGUACAAUGGAGUACAACACAACCAGAUUGGAUAGCAAUAUGUUUUAACAAUUUUCUUGAAAUCUUACGUGUUUAA